CCCGAGCAAAGCGCUAUGUGCUGCUUUCACUGACUGUGACAGGGACGUCCUUUCCCCGGGACACCUCGGGUAAUAAAGCCACAGUCAGACACUGGACCAGUGUGGAGUGCAAAUUAAAGGAGUGGAUGACGAAAAACAGUUCAUCAGCAAGUCCCCGGCUGGCUGAUCCCAGAGCAGAAAGGACAUUGUGUUGAGGGUGAAUGUGAGGGGUUCGGAGAGCAGGCUUUUUCAAUUUCUGAGAUGUCCGUCAGACGAGCAGAAGGGAUGUCCAUCGCCCAGGCUCUGGCCAUGACUGUUGCAGAGAUACCAGUGUUUCUCUAUUCCACAUUUGGGCAGUCCAUAUUUUCUCAGCUGAAGCUCUCCCCAAACUUGAAGAAAGUGCUGUUUGCCACAGCGCUGGGCAGCGUCGCACUGGCUCUCACCGCUCAUCAGCUAAAAAGACGGGGGAGAAAACGGAAGCAGGCAACACAAGGGAAGGAGGGCCAGAAGACUGUGGGCAUACCUGAGGCGCUGUUGAAGAGUGGAAGGCCCUCGUCAUUAAAAAGAGGUCAGUUUACUGGGCGGCAGAUGAUGAGUCCCAGUACUCGGAGCAACGACACCAUGAGUGGAAUCUCUUCCCUGGCCCCUAGUAAACACUCAAGUUCCUCACACAGCCUGGCAUCUAUGCGGGUACCAAGCUCCCCAAAUCAGUCCGCCAAUCCAUCCACCCCCUGGGAGGCAGAGCCAGUAGUGGAAGAGUCAGGGGCAGUAGAGGAUGCUAAUGCAGAGAAUCUGUAUUUAAUUGGGAUGGAAUUGUUUGAAGAAGCAUUACAAAAGUGGGAAAUGGCCCUGAACAUACGCCACCACACCCACUCGACCUCCAGCAACAACAGCCUAGCUCUGCAGGGGGCAGCGUGUGGAGACUUACCCGUGGUCGAAACUCGUAAUAAAGUGUUUGCUGAAAAGUUAGAGACACUACUGCACAGGGCGUACCACCUACAAGAGGAUUUUGGCAGCAGUAUCCCACCAGACAGUGUGCUUGCAGACUUUGCAGAAAGUGAAGGAACUCUUAUCUUGCCUCAAGUGGAGAGUUUCCACCGACUGCGAGACGAUGAUGCGACUACUGUUACCUCUGACGAUUCCUUCUUCUCAGCCGCAGAGCUGUUUGAUGCCAUGGCUAUAGAAGAAAUCUACCAGCCGCUUAAGCCAGCAGCUCUCUAUGAAGAAGCCUUGUCACUGGUCCGGGAGGGCAAAGUGUCCUAUAGGUCCCUGAGGACUGAAUUACUUGAAACUUAUGGUGACCAAGACUUCCUUGCCAAGCUUCACUGUGUGAGACAAGCAUUCCAGGUCCUGUUAGCAGAUGAAACUCACCGCACAUUUUUCAUGGAGACCGGGAAGCAAAUGAUUACAGGGUUAAUGGUGAAGUCAAACAAGGGUCCCAAAGCCUUCUUAGAGAGCUAUGAGGACAUGCUGCUUUACACUCAGAGAGAGGAAACGUGGCCAGUCACUAAGAUGGAGCUGGAGGGCCGAGGGGUGGUGUGUAUGAACUUUUUUGACAUCGUGUUGGACUUCAUCCUGAUGGACGCCUUUGAAGACCUGGAGAGCCCUCCGUCCUCUGUGGUAGCUGUGUUGAGGAACCGCUGGCUCUCUGACAGCUUUAAAGAGACGGCUCUGGCGACUGCCUGCUGGUCUGUCUUGAAAGCAAAAAGGCGUCUUCUUAUGGUUCCUGACGGUUUUAUCUCCCACUUUUAUGCCAUAUCAGAACAUGUGAGCCCAGUUUUAGCGUUUGGGUUUUUGGGACCCAGGCAGCACUUAAGUGAAGUGUGCACCAUCUUCAAGCAACAAAUCGUGCAGUACCUUAAGGAUAUGUUCGACCACGACAAGGUCCGCUUCACCUCAGCUCAGUGCUUGGCUGAGGACAUCCUGAACCUUUCCCACCGCCGGAGUGAGAUUUUACUGGGGUAUCUGGGUAUCGAUAGCCAACUGGAGCUCAACGGUGCCCUACCUAGAGACACAGAGGGCUCCUCGGGGCCCAAAUUAAACAACUAGGAUCACUAUGGGCUUCAUUGGGCUUGUACAGACCGAAUGCAGGAGGCUGACCAGUAGGCAACGGCAACACCUCACAGCUCUGUAGCUACAUUAAGACUGGAUUGAAUCAUUACUCCAGUGAUACACUGAGAACCAGCAUUACUCUUUUAAUUCAUCAAAUGCAACAACUGUUUUCAUCAGACCUACAGUAUCACUGGUCCAUCUGUUUAAUGAGGGAGACCGACCGGAUAGUAAUGAUCCCAUCUCUUCCUCGUUACCUGCUGCUGCGUUGCGUAUCAAGAAUGCUUCUGUAGUCGUGUAAUUUCACACGUGUGAGGACUUGCCUCUGCCCUGCUGGGUGAAAUGGAUACUUCUGAAAAUCACACCUGACAGAAGCGCCCCCAGUCCCAACACACAAAGACCGGGCCUUCGACACUAAUACUAAAAACCAGUUGCUGCAUCCUUACCUUCCAUUCAUCACCUGCAGCAUCGGGUGGGGUAGUCUCCAUUAUUAUGUGAAAAGAAACUGUGUGAGAGUCUGUCAAUAUUUGUAUAUUUUAUAUGAAAGGGGGAAGGACAUUUGUUAAAAUCACGAUAAUUUACGACUUGUGCUGCGCGAUGAAGGAUGUAAUAGAUUUGUCUCCUCACUGAUUGUACUUAAAUCCUCUUUAAUCCGAAGUAUUUAUCCCAGUUUGGUUGAGUCGUGUGACAUAUCUAAAAGACUGUGAUCAUUGCGAAAAGACAUCUUGUAAUAUUAGUGUAGGGUGCUAACGUGUUACUCAUAUAGAAGAUGAAUUAUCCCAAAAACUGCAGUAUAUUCUGACCCCCAGACCACAGUUUCUUCUCAUAUAGACUUCUCAUGUAACUGGUAAAUUUUUGUAGCGCUUUACUUUCUAAGAAUCAUGGUGAGCUCUCUGAUUUUACUUGGCAACGGAUGACAUGAGUAUUCAGAUUUUUUUAAUAGUACAGAGGCACAAAAAUAUAUUUCCCACUGCAAAUAACGCAAUAGCAGGUGUGAAAACAUCUGUCUAAACACUGUCACACAGAUGAUUAUCGCCAGUUUUUGAAGGUGCAACAGAAACAAUAUAAUUGAACAGUGAAACAGAUCGCUGCUCUCAGGGAGAAAUAAGAAACAGUACGACUUGAAAUCAAUAUUCGGUAAAGCAUUAUGUUUUGACUGACAUGCCAGAUGUACUUUUAUUUUUCUCAAAGUCUUGCAAUGAAUCUGUCAUGCCACUCGAAUUGCUUCCAAAUAUUUGUGGCUAAAAUGUACGUCCUGCUAAAUUGAAUUAACCAAAUAAAUAUUUUAUAAAAUAGUUUAAACUGAUAUAAGGAAAAAGUAUGCAAAGUGUAAUAUUUAAAACAAUAGUACUUCUUGAAAUGUUCUUUUGAAGUACAGAUAUCUAAACUAAAAGGUCACUGAAAGGUUCAUGUAAAUAGGACAGAAAAAAUCAGCUGCUUUCACCCAACAGGCCUUUUUCACAGCAAAUAUUUUUGACUUCUCAUAGUGGGGGAAAAGCACAGUUGUUACUAAUAAACGUAACGAUGACAGCGUGAUAGUGAACCAGGAUCCUGAAACCGAAGCAGCUGAGUUCAAUCAUCAUUCAUUCAUUCAUCUCAUUAGUUACACCUGUGCUUUUCUUCCUGCGUCUUCAGUGGAAAAAGUCCAGUAUUCACGGUUUUAAUAAGGUGCACACAUGGGGGAAAAAACACUUGGAUUCAGUGUUUGAUUAGAAAAGUCACAUUCUCCAUCACUACAAACUGUGUGUCACAAAAUGACCCUCUUGCUAUCCUUUCUUGCACAUUUUGUGCAAUUGACCUUUAAAUGAUAAAGUGCCAUGUGGUAGUCUUAGCGAGAAAAUGUUAUUUUGUUUAAUUUGUUGUUGUUUUUUACAGUAUAUGAAGACCUAUAAUGACGGACCAGGCAUUUUACAGUCAGGACUGUAACCUAUAUAAGUGCACUGAUCACCCGCUGAAGGGGCACGAGGAUCCUACACUGUAAAAGCAGAUUUGUGUUAAGAAACUGUCACAUACUAGAUUAUCUUGAUAAAAAAGGUGAUUUAUUAUUAAUGACAGUGUGUAGAACCGUUGCAGUGUGCAUGAAUGACAGAAGGGAAGACAUUACCGUCAAAUCAUUUUGUGUUUUGUAGUUUUUGAGUUAUUUUAACAUCAGUAGUCUAUCAUACUCAUUAGAAGGGAUUAGUGUUAUUCAUAAUCAUAUAAGUGUGUGUUUUGUGGUCUUUAUAAUCCAAAUCCUGGUCUUGUUGCAACUCGCCUCUGAAAUUCAGAGCUCAGAAAUGUUGUUUUUUUGUUGUUGUUGUUUUUUGGCUCUUUCAUGUCGCAGUAGCAUCGUGUUGUCUUGAAACUGUACCGGCUGUGUCGAGAAUCAGCAUUGUAGGAUUAUAAUCUGUCAAAUAUAAACCAGAAAUCACAACUGUUAAUAGAAGCUUUACAGUAAUUUAGUUCCUUAUUUUGGUACAUGGCAGAUUUACGUGCAGCUUUGUGGGUUUUUUUUAAGCAUUUUGCACUUUAUCAAAAAAGACAGAAAGAUACAAGAAUGUCCCAAAACCAAUUUUUUUCAAUAAUCAGUUUGAGAGUUUUGAACUAUUUAUUGCAUCAUAAUAUUAUAAAUAACAUAGAACGUAAAUGCUGUACAGUAGAGAGAUUAUCUUUAUCCCAAAAAACUAUAUUAUGAAAAUAGUUUCUUCCAGUUACUCAUUUUUUGAUUUAGUCUCCAUCUUUGAAAUGUCUAAAUUCUCCAAUGUUUUAACUUUUAAGAGCUUUUGACUGCGUGUGGUCCAAUCCCUGAUGAGCUGGCUCCUGUUUUAGUCUUGUUAUUGUAGAGUACCAAGUAUAUUUACAACAGUAUGUAUGAUGCAGGUGAAUGCAGUAAUGGAAAUAUGCUAAUGUUUAAGUCUUGUUUUCACAGAUUGGUCUGCUUUUUUCUGCUUUUCUUUUUCUUUUUCAGUGCAUGUCAACAUUGUAGAUUCUCUAAAAUGCAUCAAUCAAUGCAAAACCUGCAACAUUUAGACCCCGGCUCAGCCCUAGUUGUUAGUUUUGAAAAUCCAAAUUAGAAAUGUGCUAAAGAAGAAUAUUUAGGAGCUUAUUAUAAUCAGUUGAUUCUCAAAAUUCAGGCAUUGACUCUCCGACUUAGUGAAUAUUUAGUCGAUUUCCAGAGAGUAUUUCAGACGGCCAAAAUGUGGAAAGAAAGAAUGAUUUUCUUGUUUGAAAGUCACUGUUGUACAUGCAAAGUGUCCUAUUCAUGCCUUUUGUUUUUUCUAUUGUUAAAUUACAAUGCCAGCACAAACUGUAAAUUGAUUUUGAUUCUCCAUAUUAAAUGUUAUUUUUUUGUUAUUAAA